AUGCCGGUUAUGAAAGGAUUGCUGGCGCCGCAGAACACCUUCCUCGACACCAUCGCUACCCGUUUUGACGGAACACAUAGCAACUUCAUCCUUGCCAAUGCCCAGGUGGCUAAGGGUUUCCCCAUAGUCUAUUGUUCUGAUGGCUUCUGUGAACUUGCUGGAUUUGCCCGCACUGAAGUCAUGCAGAAGAGUUGUAGCUGCAAGUUCCUAUUUGGGGUUGAAACCAACGAGCAACUGAUGCUUCAAAUAGAAAAUUCACUGGAGGAAAAAACAGAAUUCAAAGGAGAAAUUAUGUUCUACAAGAAGAACGGGUCCCCAUUUUGGUGCCUAUUGGAUAUUGUUCCCAUAAAGAAUGAGAAAGGAGAUGUGGUACUUUUUCUGGCCUCAUUCAAGGACAUAACAGAUACAAAAGUGAAGAUUACUCCAGAAGACAAAAAAGAAGAUAAAGUCAAAGGAAGAUCAAGAGCAGGGACCCACUUUGACUCAGCCCGGAGACGAAGCCGAGCAGUUCUUUAUCACAUCUCUGGGCACCUGCAAAGAAGAGAAAAGAACAAAUUGAAAAUAAAUAAUAAUGUCUUUGUAGAUAAACCAGCAUUUCCAGAGUAUAAAGUUUCUGAUGCAAAAAAGUCCAAAUUCAUACUUUUGCAUUUUAGCACUUUUAAAGCUGGCUGGGACUGGCUUAUUUUGUUGGCGACGUUUUAUGUUGCCGUGACCGUACCUUACAACGUUUGCUUUAUUGGCAAUGAUGACCUGUCCACGACUCGGAGCACAACAGUCAGUGACAUUGCAGUGGAGAUUCUUUUUAUUAUAGAUAUUAUUUUAAAUUUUCGAACAACUUAUGUCAGCAAAUCUGGCCAAGUUAUCUUUGAAGCAAGAUCAAUUUGCAUCCACUAUGUCACAACCUGGUUCAUCAUCGACUUAAUCGCUGCCCUGCCUUUUGACCUCCUGUAUGCUUUCAACGUCACAGUGGUGUCUCUCGUGCAUCUUCUAAAGACGGUACGGCUGUUGCGUCUUUUGCGUCUCCUGCAGAAGUUGGACCGUUAUUCCCAACAUAGCACAAUCGUCCUGACUCUGCUCAUGUCCAUGUUUGCGCUCCUUGCACACUGGAUGGCAUGUAUUUGGUAUGUCAUUGGAAAAAUGGAGAGGGAAGACAACAGCCUUCUGAAGUGGGAAGUUGCCUUGAUGCACGCCUUGGUGUUUGGAAAUGUGACAGCGAUCAUACAGAGGAUGUACUCUAGAUGGUCCCUCUAUCACACUAGAACUAAGGAUCUGAAGGACUUUAUCCGUGUCCAUCACCUGCCCCAACAGCUCAAGCAGAGGAUGCUCGAAUACUUUCAAACAACCUGGUCAGUCAACAAUGGAAUAGAUUCAAAUGAGCUUUUGAAAGACUUUCCAGAUGAACUGCGUUCUGACAUCACUAUGCACUUGAACAAGGAGAUCUUACAGUUGUCCCUCUUUGAAUGCGCCAGCCGGGGCUGCCUCAGGUCUCUGUCUCUCCACAUCAAAACCUCUUUCUGUGCUCCGGGGGAGUAUCUGCUGCGUCAAGGGGAUGCUUUGCAGGCCAUCUACUUUGUGUGCUCAGGCUCCAUGGAAGUUCUUAAAGACAGCAUGGUGCUGGCUAUUCUUGGGAAAGGGGAUUUAAUUGGAGCAAAUCUGUCAAUUAAGGACCAAGUGAUCAAGACCAAUGCAGAUGUGAAGGCUUUAACCUACUGUGAUCUCCAGUGUAUCAUCCUCAAAGGACUCUUUGAAGUGCUAGACCUUUACCCAGAAUAUGCUCACAAAUUUGUGGAAGACAUUCAGCAUGACCUCACAUACAACCUUCGAGAAGGUCAUGAGAGUGAUGUGAUAACAAGAUUAUCGAACAAAUCUACAGUCUCACAGUCAGAGCCCAAGGGAAAUGGCAGCAUCAACAAGAGACUCCCAUCCAUUGUGGAAGACGAAGAAGAGGAGGAAGAGGAGGAAGAGGAGACAGCCUCCUUCUCUCCCAUCUACACAAGGGGAUCAUCCUCUUCACGUAGUAAGAAGGUUGGAAGCAAUAAAAGCUAUCUAGGCUUAAGCUUAAAGCAGCUGGCCUCAGGAACAGUGCCAUUUCACUCACCUAUCAGAGUCUCCAGUUCAAAUUCCCCCAAAACCAAGCAGGAAACUGACCCCCGAAACCAUGGGAAAAGGAAAGAGAAGAACUUGAAAUUGCAACUUUCAACUUUAAACAGUGCUGGACCCCCAGACCUCAGUCCAAGGAUUGUUGAUGGAAUUGAAGAUGGAAACAGUAGUGAAGAAAGUCAGACUUUUGACUUUGGCUCUGAACGAAUCAGGUCGGAGCCCAGAAUUUCUCCUCCUCUAGGGGACCCAGAAAUUGGAACUGCUGUUCUCUUCAUCAAAGCAGAGGAGACCAAGCAGCAGAUAAACAAACUCAAUAAUGAGGUAACAACAUUGACUCAGGAAGUCUCCCAGCUAGGUAAAGACAUGAAGAAUGUGAUGCAACUUCUGGAAAACAUUCUGUCACCUCAGCAGCCAUCACGGUUUUGCUCUCAGCACACCAUCUCUGUGUGUCCCUCCAGGGAAAGCUUACAGACCAGAACGAGCUGGAGUACACACCAACCCUGCCUACACUUGCAAACAGGUGGGGCUGCUUAUACCCAAGCACAACUUUGUAGCAGUAAUAUCACCUCAGAUAUUUGCAAUGUGGAUCCCUCUUCUGUGGGGAGCAGCCCCCAACGAACUGGAGCUCAUGAGCAAAACCUUGCAGACAGUGAACUUUAUCAUUCUCCAAACCUUGAUUAUUCACCUUCCCACUACCAGGUUGUCCAAGAAGGUCAUUUGCAAUUUUUAAGGUGCAUCUCCCCACAUUCAGACACUACGUUGACGCCUCUGCAGUCCAUCUCAGCAACUCUCUCGUCCUCUGUCUGCUCCUCCUCAGAAACAUCUUUGCACCUAGUUCUCCCAAGCAGAUCAGAGGAGGGCAGCUUCAGUCAGGGACCUGUUAGUUCCUACAGUCUGGAAAACUUGCCGGGAUCUUGGAACCAAGAAGGAAUGGCAUCAGUCUCUACAAAACCCUUGGAGAACUUUCCACUGGAAGUUGUCACAAGCACAGCAGAAGUGAAAGAUAACAAAGCCAUAAACGUAUGA